CCGACGCGCCGUGUUUCAGGCCAGAAGUCCGUAAACGUGAUGGAUGAAGACGUGAGGAGGACACGGAGAGAAGCUUUCCUCUGAUGCCGUCUCGUAGUUUUUUUUCCCUCCUGCACAGCAUGAAUGGUGUGAUGUCUGCUCGGAGGCUGGCGCCACAUAAUGGCUUUUGUUACCGGAGCCACUGACUUGUGCGGCUCCUGCGUCUGUUUUCACUUGAUCGGACACGUAUGCUGCUCUGUAGACUAGUCCCUGCUGUGUAGACUAGUCCCUGCUCUGUAGACUAGUCCCUGCUGUGUAGACUAGUCCCUGUUGUGUAGCCUGCUGCCUGCAGGGGCGCAGCUAAUGACAGGGCCCUCUGUACGGUGGGACCCCUUCAGUAAAGCCCAUAAAGCAGCUGGAUCCUGCACCCCGUCCAGCUGCACGACCAGUCCCUUUACCAUCAGCGCUGUCUACACCGUGUGAGAGCAGAAUGACCAGUGUGGCUGUUGCCCCCAUGGCUGCCCGUCACCGCUGUGCUCUGACAGCUGGUUUAUGACUGUCGGCGGCGCUGCAGUGUGUGUUGAGUCUCUCAUGCCUUUCUCGACAGCACCACUAUGAUUGGCUCCCCGGACGUGGUGGCGUUCACUAAAGAGGAUGAGUACGGCCAGGCUAACCCGGACCCCUGGGCUGUCCCAGAGGAGUUCUCUGUUCCCCUCCAUCCGCUGGCUGACUCCAACCCCUGGGCCAAAACCUCCUACGCCAAGUUCACCAAAGACUUCAUCCUCAUCUCCGAGUUCUCCGAGCAGGUGGGCCCUCAGCCUCUCCUCACCAUCCCCGAUGAUCCAAAAGUCUGCGGCACGUUCGAUCUCAACUACUUCUCCCUCCGCAUCAUGUCGGUGGACUACCAGGCCUCGUUUGUGGGGCAUCCGCCCGGCAGUGGCUACCCGAGGCUCAGCUUUGUGGAGGACUCAAGGGUGGUGCUGGGCGACUCGAAGGAGGGGGCGUUCGCCUACGUCCACCACCUGACCCUUUACGACCUGGAGGCGAGGGGCUUCGUGCGACCCUUCUGCAUGGCCUACGUGGCGGCAGAUGAGAGGAAAAUCAUGCUGCAGUUCCAGGAGCUGUCCCUCCGCUUCUCUCAGGCCUCCGAGUGUCUGAAGGCUGGGAACAGGAGGGCGUUCGCCAAGGAGCUCCAGAGGAAGCUGCAGGACCUUGAGUACACUCACUCGGUGCUGCAGCGGGAGGAGGGCCUGCAGAGGGAGGCGGGGCCUCAGUGCAUGUACUCGGCUCACGCUGUGGAGAAGGCCAAUGAACUUGCAAAUGUGGAAAAGAGCAUUUAUGAGCACAGAGACCUGCUGAGGCAGAUCAGCUCCUACCAUCGCCGUCCACGCCGGGAUCCUCACGCCGUCACCUGCCAGAAGUGCAUGACCGAGUGCUUGAGCGAGUGCGAGGAGCUGCUGGAUAAGUACGUCAAGCUUGCCAACCCUUUCAGUUACUGUGAAAAAGAGGAGGACGGGCAGGGUCAGUUUGAUGAUGAAGGAGGUGAAGAAGAGGCGGACGAGGAAGACGACGAGGGUGUUAAACGCAGGCCAUCCUACACGCCACAGCUGAUCAAAGCCAAGUCUGCCAAGUGCUUCGACAAGCGCCUGAAGACCCUGCAGGAGCUGUGUGACGAGACGUUCUACGACGCCACGCUGGAGCUGCUGAAGGAGACGGAGAGGAGCUUCCGGGGGGAUCUGUGUUACCUGCACACCCGCCGCCUGGACAAGGCUCUACGCAGGAAGCAGAGAGUGGCCAACUUCCUGUUCGAGGAGGAUCUUGGUAAUGAUGAUGAAGACGAAGCAGAAACAGUGAGACCGUUCUGUGCUGUGAACCAUGCCAUAGACAGCUGUAUACUCUUAAACCCGCCUCCUAUUGUGCUCGGACCAGAACCUCUUGAGCUCGACGCACUGGAACCUCCAGAGCCUCUAGACCCAACCUCUGAGACCAGCCAUACUCAGGAGAGUGAGCUUGGACUUGGGGAGAGCCAUCUAGAGUCCUCCCCCUCAGACCAGACUCUAGAGACCCAGGAGAGCUCGGAGGAGACCAAAGGAAGCUUUAGCAGCGAUAAGAGCGGAGUGGGUCCAUCAGAGAAGCAGCAGAGUCUGACGAGUAUGAAGUCAGAGGCGCCUGAUCCUGACUCAGACUUGACCCCGGACCCGGACCAUAACACUGACCUGGAGAGGGAGAGCAGCAGUGAGGAGAUGGAGACCACUGCAGGCGACGAUGAGGGGGACGACGGGGGAGACCAGACACCUGUGUCUUUACUGGAGGUGGUGUCUGAGCUGAAGGCCAGCGGGGAGGACGAGUGUGGGGGAGGGAAUGAGUCCGAUUUGCUGGUUCCGAUUGACACAGCAUGCUGUAUGGCCCAAGAGGGUUUCCUUUAUGAGGCUUCUGCCCCGGAGACGAUGCCUUGCCUGCGCCAAAGCUCCCACCCGCCGCCCUCUCCCACCCCGGUGGUCAACCAGGAGCCCCAGGCCCUUCUUCCACUGCAGGACGACUACACUGUGGGUUCUCCGUGCUUAGAGAGUCCUGCAACAGGGCUGGAGCUGCCUGUGGGCCACCUCGGAGAUGCAGUUUCCCGCACCUCAGCGGAGGACGGGUCAGACUGCACCAUGAGUGCCUCCACAGGGUCCGAUCGGGCUGCCUCGCCUCUGGGCUACGGGGGGGUGCUGACCCUGUGUCACAGGAAGAAGGCUGGCCAAGGAGCUUUGAGGUUUGUGCGUCAGUACCCCUUUGCCAUGCAAGCUCUGUGGUGUCUGCUGAGCGGCAGAACCCUGGUGGUGCUGGGGGCAGAUGAGGGAAGAGUUCGCCGGCUGGUUGCUGCUCUGGCUCUCUUUGUUCCGGCUCCUGGCAAGUGUGGAGAGAGGGUCCAAGCCUGGUUGUCCUGUCCCUUCACCCUCACCGACCUGCAGAGGUGGAAGCUCAUAGGUCUGCAAAGAGUUGCGUCUCCGGUGGGCUCCAGCAUGCUGUACUCUCUGUCCCGCUACAGCCGCUACAUCUCCAUCCUGGAUGCCGACCAGAAGACGCUGCGCUGUCCGCCGUACCGAGGCCAACUCCUCGCCAACGUAGCCGACCAUCGCACCUACAUCCGCCGCGGCUCCACCUACUUCCUCCACAUACAGAGCACGCUCUGUCACCUGGCAGCCAAGGCCUUCCUGUUCACCUUCACCCACCACCUCCACCUGCCAGUCAGCGCCACAGAGGGACCCGAGGUCGUGGAGGGCCGGCGCCGCUGCUUCCUGCAGGAGCAGCUGGGGCUGGGCGAGGAGGACAGCCAGAUACUGCUCUACCUCAGCCAGCUCAUCACUCAGCAGUACCUGCAGCCUGCUAGCGGCGGCAGUGCAGCAGCACCCUGUUUUAGUUUUAACUACACCACCAGCGUUUUAUACAAAAUCUAAUAUUCUACUGGGAGGAGGAUUCUUACUCACGUUUUAGCAAAAAUCGUCUUUGAUUUUUAAUGGACCAAAGGUGAUGUGAUUAAGGUCUACGGUCAGUUUAGUUUCAGGACAAACUCAGUGCACUGCGUUGUUGUAUCUGUGUUGAAUCUCUCUCUGCCUUGCUUUCUUUUACUCUGCUCUCACUUUUUCCUCUGGUUGAAGGGAAAGGAGACGGCCAGAUGUGAAUGUCAGUGAGUGUUUGAUCUGGAGCACGUCGAUGCUCAUGAACACACACAACGAGGCAGACGAAGGUCAACGCUGCUUACUGUCCUUUAGUUGUGUGUUUUCUUUUUUUUUUUUUUUUUAAUCUUGCAGAAGUUAAUCCAACAUGGUGGUCUACGUGUGCUGGUCCGACCUUAGCCUGCUUACUAACGUGAUAAUUAUGGCAAGCCGUUUUAACGUUAAUAGCUGGACUGGAUAUCUGCAGUUUAGUUCUUUCUCAUUUCAAAUAUCCACAAUGUCGUUCUUCCAGGACAAAGAGCAAACUUUACUGCAGCUGAACUCUGACUCGUUCUAAUUCUAGCUUCAGAUAUCUAGUUCAAAUCUGACUUAGUCAUAAUUUUAUGUCAAGAUAUCUUUAAUUUCCUUUAAAUCAGUAUUGAAUUAGGUUUUUCACUUUGCAGAUUCUGUAGUUACGUCAAACUCUAAGGCCACUUGCCUUUCAGACGUCUUUUUUCAACCAUAAGUGCACAUGACGAAUCAUUUUACCGCCAUGAGAAGCCUGAGGGGGAAGCUGUAGUAAAUUUCAACCUCUAAUGGUCUCUCGUUCUCCACAAGCUCCUUGCCAAUAAGCUCUUUGUACUGCAUGCAUUUUCCAAUCAUCGUAUCCACCACAGCAGCCGCCAUGACUUCUGCUGACACUUCAAAUGUUUUACUGGAACAAUAUCUGAUGUGAAGUCUGGCGUGCACAACAGCUCAGACUGGUCAUGGUGGCAGCAGAUAUUUCAAACUGUUGUAACAGUGAAAUUAAAAUCCUGACUGGUCAAAGCGUAACUUCAACGAGUCAAAAUGACACCGUUGUUAUCUGUAAAUUUAAUUCCAGAUAUCUAAACUCGACUAUUAAAUGUUAAAAGAGCUUGUCAUAGUUAACACCUGCCUGUCGCUGAGCAGUCUGUCAGCUUCCAUAUCAUCCAAACUAAAUGUGUUUUCUAGAAUCACACUGACAGACUUAUUUAUGCUGACAUAUUCUGCCGAUCAGGAACAGACGUCCGUCGAUGAAAUCUGAUAACCUCUGUUCAGGCUUGUUACAGCUGGUUUUGUGACAUGCCUCUCUUCUUUUUAAACUCCCACAUAACUUCCAGAACCUCUCUGAAGUCUGUCCUUUUAACGUUUUUGUUUCACUUGUGUUUUAAUUUCACAUUCCUGCAGUAACGGAUAAAUCCCCCCCAAAACAAACACAGACACGAUGUUGGAUUUGAACAGCGUGACUUCUGAGGGUUUGGAGGAAACAUUCCCAGAGGCUGCUUUUGGGUUGUGAUGCAUGAGGAAAUAUGUUCGCUGUGUGAAUUGGAUCCAGUUGGCUCCGUGUGAGAACUGCAUGUCCGGAGACAUAACGUCAUUGCGCACAUACGUAGUCCCCCAGCAGCAGGCGAAAGCUGCCGAUAUUCACUGCUGGAGCAUUUCCAUGGAUAUUACUCACACUGUCAGAACGAUUUAAAGCUACUUAGCCUAAAUGUAUUCAAUUUCACUAUUGUCUUAAAGUUGUGUGAGAGUGUUGUGGUGUCAGCAUGAGACUGUCUUGUGCCAGGGUGAUCAAUGUGUUGGUGAUAUUUCUGUUUAGUUACAUGACUUGGACCAGAUGCUGAACAUUUUAAGGAGGUUUCUGAGUUUAUUUGUACAGUUUUGUUUUGUUUUUUAAUGAGAAAAUAUUAAUUUCCUGUGCCAUCGAAAGCCUACGUUUGAUUUAGGUCAGGGGUGUAACCCUAAAUUAAUCAACCUUCGCUGUGGGUGUGCAAUGAAGAACCAUCAUUUGAGUAUUUAUUGUUUUCGGCUCGUGAUCAUCGCACCCGGCGUUCCAACCGCCUUCGAUCGCGUCUCUAAGUUUUACUGUUACUAAUUGUGUGGCGUCCGUGAUGGAGCUGUGAUCCUGUAUUUAGACUGAUACCUGUAUUUGUGGCUACUUAGUCAGAGUUUUCCUGUGAACGGUCAGACAACGUGGGUUCAUAGCUGCUGCUCUUCUACGACAAAGAAGGACUUCUUUUUAUCACCAUCGUCAUCUUUUUAAUUCCAUUCAACGCACAAGACACAAGAGAAGUGAGUAAACCCCCGUGCAGCAUCACUUCAACGUCAAAGGAUUGAAAACUUUGUGACCUUAUUGUGAAUGCGUGACUUCUAAGUUAAAGCGUAGCGUGUUUACUGCAGUGUUAAAUGAAGAGCUUACAUAAGUAGGAACAAGUACACCUUUCACUACUAAGACCCUCUAUUCUUUUCAAUACAUGUCCAGCUUCCUUUCUGACUCCAUUCUCUUUGGGUGGAGGACACCAGUGUUGUUUCCAGCUGCUCUGUGUUGGAGGGGCUGUGGGCUCUACCUACUGUUUCAGGUCAUAGUUUUUACUUUUCUCUUCUAGAAGCUCUUGUGUGGUUUUGGCCGUGUUGUUUAUGAUCAUGCUGGAAUAUUCUGCAGGCUGGGAGUCGACCUGUCAGCUGCAGGCAUUCAUGGUUCCAUCUACUGAUAACACUUUAUACACUCAUGUGGCUCCGUAUCAUCAUGCCCCCACCCCGGGCUUCUCUGUGGUGGUCCUGGUCAGGUUCACGGCCAACAUGCUGGACUUCACCAUCAUCUGACCAAAUAGCAUGCUUCGAUUUUAAUCAGGCUUUAUUUGGUGUUCUUUAGAGAAGUUUAAUCUUUUUUUUUUUUUUUCUUGUUCAUCGUCCAUAGAGGCUGACAUUUUGCCCUUCACACUGUUAGCUGUUACAGAAACUCUGAUUCUCACUGAUACCCUCUGUGCCAAGUCUGAAGCACCUUGUUUUUAGAGGUAGACUGUAGAAGUAGCACACAGCUGAUGGAGUCACUCCAGGCAGACGGCCACUCAUUCUACUAAUCCUGAUUAUAGCUGUGGAUGUGUUCAGACUGAGUUUUAGCCUUUUCUUUGUGAAAUCUCCCAUUUAAAACUCUCCUCUUCCACAUGGAGCCAUGAUGCAGGUAGACACAUCCCACUGGUUCCGGACUGUUCUGGUGUUCAUCCAGAGACCAGUCACAGUUCAUGCAGUUGAUUGGAAACCACAGGUGGUUUUAUUUUAUUGAUCACAGUUUCUCCAGCUUCUGUGUCAGUGAUCACGGGUGUGUUCACUUCUGUAGCGUUCACUGGUCACUCUGGGGCCUGCAUUCACAAUAGAGUCUUGCUGAAGUAUUUUAAUUGUUGGUAAGAGGAAAUGCUCUACGUUUUAACUUAGAAAAAAAAUGCACUCAUUGAAAGGUGAUGUUGAACCAGGGCCUUCUCACUUCCCUGCAUUCUGUAUUAUUUCAGUUUGUGCAGAUUGAGCUCGGUGUUACUUUUUGCUGCAUGUGACGUCUUUUUCUUUUUUUGAAUAACACAUUUUUAUGCUCAGAUGUUAUCGAAACUCCUGUUUUGUUUUUUUUAGCUGUUAUCCCUCUAAUUGCAAAAAGGUGAAUGUAAUCUGAAUAAGCCAUACCACAGUGUGCUUAACAUGUCGUCACUCAGUGUCCUUACGUUGCCAUAUCAUGUCUACCUUUUGUAUACCAUCGUGAGCGGGCGCUGUGCUCACGUCAGCCCUGUACGACGGCGUCAUUGCCAAUAAUUUUAAUAAAGCACGUUGUGAAUGUCA